AUGGCGCAGGUCCAAUGUGUGACGUCGCUCCUCCUCUUUCUGACAGGGCUCAGCGCCAGCCAGAGGGAGGUGAGGAUCCAGGCUGGGCCGCUGUUCCGGGCUGCAGGCUACCCCACCAGCAUCAGCUGCAAUGUCUCCGGCUACCAGGGGCCCUCAGAGCAGCACUUCCGCUGGUCGGUUUACCUGCCCCAGGCCCCGUCCAGGGAAGUCCAGAUCGUAAGCACACAGGACGCCAGCUUCCCGUAUGCGGUGUACGCGCGGCGGGUGAGCAGCAAGGGCAUCUACGUGGAGAGAAUGCUGGGUAACUCGGUCCUGCUGCACAUCACCCAGCUGCAGAUGCUGGAUACCGGCGAGUACGAGUGCCACACCCCCAGCACCGAUGACAAGUACUUUGGAAGUUAUAGUGCCAAAACCAACCUGACUGUGAUCCCAGAUACCCUGUCUGUCACCUUGAAUUCCCAGACGCUCCAUCAGGAGGAAGGGGAAGCCCUGGAACUCACUUGCCAGGUGUCCACAGCUACCGCGCAGCACACCCACCUCUCUGUCACGUGGUACCUGAUGCAGAAAGGAGAAGGAGGCCAAGCUACCACGAUUAUUUCUCUCUCCAAAGAUUUUCUGUUGAUCCCCGGGCCCUCCUAUGCAGAGAGGUUUGCAUCAGGGGACGUGUGCUUGGACAAGCUGGGGGAAACGACCUUCAGGCUGUCUAUCCGCAGGCUGCAGCCUACAGAUCAAGGUCAGCUGUUCUGUGAAGCCACAGAAUGGAUUCAAGAUCCAGAUAAAAGCUGGACUUGGAUCACGAGGAAGCAGACACAGCAAACAACGCUGACCGUCCAGCCAGCAGCGACGGAGUUCACCGUCAGUGUCACCACCGAUGGCCCUGUUGCCGAGGGCCAGCCCUUGCACCUGGUUUGCCUGGUGCUGGGCAGUGCCCAGGCCCCGCAGCUCCAGGGCUUCUGGAUCCACAAUGGGGUGGAGAUUGCGCAGAUCGACGCUGAUGGAGUCGUGGGCUUGAAGAAGGAGUAUGAGGACAGAGCGAGGCAAGGACAGCUCCAGGUUUCAAAGCCAAGCCCCAAGUCUUUCUCCCUGAGGAUCUUCUCUGCAGGCCCCGAGGAUGCAGGCACCUAUAGCUGCACUGUGGCGGAGGUGACCAGGACCCCCGAGGGCUCCUGGCACGAGCUGCAGAGAAAGCGAUCGCCAGCCAGCCAGGUUCACCCAAGGAGGCCUGCAGCCAGAAGUGUGGUCGUGUUGGCCGAGGAGCAAGCUGUGUGGGAAGGAGAGACACUCACUCUCGUCUGCAAGGCCGGUGGGGCCCCAAGUCCUCUGUGGGUGAGCUGGUGGCACAUCCCACAGGACCAGCCCCAGCCCCGGCUUGUAGCUGGCAUGGAGCCGGAUGGCAGCGUGCAGUUGGGCGCCUCUCCAGGGAGCCCUCAUUACCAUGGCAACAUGAGAUUGAAGAAAGUGGAUUGGGCCACCUUCUGGCUAGAGAUUCCCUCGACCACAGUCACAGACAGCGGAACCUACGAGUGCAAAGUAUCUGAGAGGCUCCGGCACACAGCCCCUGACCAGCCCUGGAUGCGCAACAUUUCUGUCACUGUAAAAUCUCUGAAAUUGAGCUUACAAGUGCACCUGAUGAGCCGCCGGCCCCACGUGACGCUAGCCAACACCUUCACCCUGUCCUGUGUAGUGGCUGCCAACUUCUCUGCCCUCAAGCUGCCCCUGUCUGUGGUGUGGCGGUUCCAGCCGGCAGGGUCUCAAUCCUUCCAUCAGUUGGUUCACAUGGCCCAUGAUGGCUCUGUCGAAUGGGGGACUCUCCUGCCUCAGUUCCAUGAGAGGACCAAGGUCUCCCGCACGGGGCUGAGGUCUCAGCUCCUAAUCCACGAGGCCACUGAGGAAGACACGGGAAUGUAUCGGUGCGAGGUGGACGUCUACGACAGAAAUGCCCAGUCUUCUCCCAGGGCUUCCGCCUCCUCUCACCCAUUAAGAAUAGUUGUUUCCUUACCUGAGAGCAAGCUGAAAGUGAGGUCUCCUAGUCAAGCCCAAGAGAUCGCCAUCAGCUCCACCGCACACAUCGAUUGCAGCAUCGAGUCCCGGUCCACCGGAAACCUUCCAUUUACCAUUAUUUGGUACUUUUCUCCCAUCUCCGCUGAGGCAUCCUGGGUGAAGAUUCUGGAAACAGACCAAAGCAAUAUCGUAAUAUAUGGGGAUUAAUUUCGUACCCCACAGAGAAAGGAAAAGUUUUACAUAGAAAAAGUUUCCCCUGCCUUGUUUCGGCUACACGUUGUGGGAAUGGAAGACAGCGACCAGGGCAGGUACCGCUGCGAGGUGGGGGAGUGGCUCUCGUCCACAAACGGCACAUGGAAGAAGCUUGGAGAACAGAAGUCCGGACUCACAGAGCUCAGACUCAGGCCCACAGGAAGUUGGGUGAGGGUCUCCAAAGCCCACUGGACAGGAAACGCCACGGAGCACAAGGAGGUGGACAUCCCCUGCGGCCUGCAGGCCCUGGGCACCACAGGCUCCCUGUACUCAGUGACCUGGUACCGGGGCGGCCCCCGUGGCCCGGUGCAGCUGCUGAGCCUGCAGUAUGAUGGCCUACAGGAGCCAGGCAAGGAUGCAGCUGGGCGUGGGGCACGCAUGCUCGGCCUCCGUGUCACCCCCACUGACUUCGUCCUGAAGCUGCGGCCCGUGCAGAUGGAGGAUGCCGGCCUAUACUGGUGCGUCGUGGCCGAGUGGCGGCUUCACGGCUCCCCGGGCAAGUGGGUCAGCCAGGCCUCUGACGGCUCCCAGCACAUGGAGCUCAGGGUGCUGCCCGCAGAGUUGACAUUCCCUUCCAGAAUCUGCUCACGGCCACUGUUGGUCCACUUUCUGGUGGUCUGCCCGUUGGUAUUGCUCGUCCUUCUGCUCCUUUCCCUCCUCUGCGUGCUCAGCCAGGCCAGGAAACGCUCCAGGCUGCGCCCUGGCGCACAGAAAGCCAAGGCUGUGCUUGUGGGCCUGGGAGGGGCGGACAGCUGCCCUGCUGAGGACCGGGACAGCCACUGAGACCUGAGCCAAGGCCCCGCAACUGCCUGGAAGGAGUGUGGUGGGCCUUUGGGGGUGGACGGGCCAGGGUGAGAACGGAUCCCACUUCUGCUCUUCACUGACUUUGGCUGUAGACAUGCUCCCCAGGGAACCAAGGGCAUGUAGCGGGGCCCUUGGGUGGGACUAGGCCCUGCUAUGCGAUUCUUCGUGUGUUACUUCCCCCAGCCCCCUAGCAGCAACAGGGACCCCACCCAGAGGGAGAGAGGGGUCUGCCUCUCAUGGUCUUAGGUGCCCACAUGCCCCCUUGGAACACCCCCCCCGAAACACCCCACAUUGCCCCCCCA